CAGCAGGUAAGGGAGGAGGGACGUCUGGAGAAGGGCAGCGGCUCAGUCCGCGCGUGCUCGGCUGGGCGCUAACAUGAGAGGCUGGCAGAUAGUGUGUUUGAUGGUGGUGGUGACUGCGGCGGGGCACAGCGGGACUCAUGCGGCACAGAUUCUCCGGUACACAGAGUCCCGGCACUCCAGGAGCGAGGAGGGAGUACCGGGCAGCAAUGUCACCGGGGGCUGGAGCUGGGUGGACCACCAUGGGCAGCGCCGCCACGUAUGGUAUGUGGCUGACACUGGAGGGUUUAGGGCCUUUGGGGACAUAACACCACAGGGUGACUCUGCGCCCCUUCAUAUUGGUGUUCCCGUUGUGGUGGCCAUCCUUCCCGCCCCGCCACCCUCAAGGCCCCAGCUGAAGGGAAGCUCUGCAACACAGAGCACCCUGACCCUUGACCCUGCACAGGGAGGCAGCCAACAACAGGACUCAACAGGGACGAGGAUAGAGUCUGUCACCAUUCAAGCAGAACAUGAAAAGAUAACUCCAGUGACUGAUACAAACCUUCAAAAAAAUUUUGAAGCCUCUUUACAAGAUGGGAUAAUAGAGAAUCCAAAUGCUACAACAAGUGUUGGUCAGGAAAAAGAGACCAUUACUGCCACCACUGAUACCACCACCACCACAAGCCCUGCCAAGACUGCUUCUACCAAAACACAAGACUCGAUCACAGAGACACCUAUCCCUUGUGCAACUCACCCUCCCAGAACAAGCCCAAAUGGAGAGCCUCUGACUCCAACGGAUGAUACAAAACAUGGGUUGCCGAAGAGUUUGUCACCUGCUGAAUCAAAUUUCCAGAAGGAUAAAUCAACAGAUCACCUUCCCAUUGCCAGCUUUCUCACUGCUAAACAAAGCCCCAUCACUCCCUCAGACAACAACUUUGUAGCAUCAGUGUUUGAUAAGCUCAGCACAGUACUUGGGGCCCCUGCUGACAACAUGCAAAAGCCUCUCCUUCACAGUCAACAAGAGAAUGAAGUGGUUAGUGUCAGCAGUACCCCUGAGAUUGCCUUAAGCCCUCCUUCGGACUUUGUAUUAAUCAACCGCUUACGGGCACCAACUAUUCCAAAGCCCCGGGUGGGCACACAAAGACUAGUGCCCAAACCUGUGAGUGUGGUAGGCCGAACAGCCCCCGUCGUGAUGGGUCUCCACAGUUCUGGCAAGCCUUCCACUGUGACACCACAGACACAUGCUGCCAGUGACCUUGAACCUUUAGGGAUCCACCUGUUGAACUUGGUGCCAACCCCACAGAAAACUGUGACUGCAAACAGACCAGUGCCUCGGCCAGCACGGGUAGUUGGAGAGCCCAACUUGGACACCUUCUGGAGUCCAGCACGUGAGGCACGGAGAACAUCCCCACCCUUCAAACAAUCACGCCCAAGUGAAGACUACGACUAUUUGUAUUAUGAUUAUUAUGACUACACUGACACCGGAGGUGAAAACACUGGGGGGCCAGUGGGAAGUCCAUCUCAUAAAAUGAAAACUAAAACAGUUCGUAGUAAUAGUGAAGAAUACUCUUUAGAAACAGACUACUCAGGCAGUGAAGAGAGUGAAGACUCAAGUGAUAGUCAGUAAUGCAUUUCUCUGUGAUUUUAGGAAGGGGAUGUUUUAUACUCAGCAUAGGUACUAGUGAUCUAGUGCAGCUCUUGGUGAAGCUCUAACCAAAAACACAAAGGCAGGCUGCCCCUCAC